GGUGAUGCUGAAUAUAAAUACAUUGCUGGUGUAUAGAUAAUAUUGAAGAAGAUGACCUUGAACGAGAUGACUUAAAAGAAAAUCAUCAUCAGAUAGAUACUCUUGAGAUACUUAACAUGAAUCAGAAGAUUAAGUGAAGUGAUCCAGCCAAAGAGAUAAGGUACAACAGCGGGGAUUCAUACUCCACUGAAGAGACAAAAGAGUUUGGCGAACAUCAGAAAUCUAAAGUUGGUUCUGAUGAAGCCAUUGAUGAGGAUAUUAUAAUUGAGGCAUUAACAGAAGAAACACUCAAGACAAUGGUCUAUGGUUUUAAAGUGAUUAAGGAUGAUUCUCAGGAGUAUAUGCAAAAGAAUUAUUUGAAGAAGAUCACUAGAGAGGUAUAUCGAAAGAAAAAUUCUUCAGAAAAAUCUCAGAAACCAGCUCCUAAUCAAAGCUCUGGAGAAGUGCCAGAUAAAGAUCAAAACAUUAUUAUUGAUUCUCAAGACCAAAGCCAAAUAAAUAACCCUUUCGAUGAGAAGAAGAUAGGCCAAGAUCCCUCUCUUCAACAAGACUCCCCUCAAAAUGCAGAUUCUAGUGCUCAAGACCAGUCUUCCCCCAACAAUGAGUCUUCCUCUAAUGCCCAAGAUUCAGCUUCUUCAGGUCAAAACCCAAUAAUCAAAAACAUUAUUGGAAACACCAUGAAUAUCGGAAAUACUCAUUGGCAGAAUAAUGGCAUGAUGUUUCAGCAUACAGGAGAUAACUAUUACAGUCAAGGCCCUCAUUAUCAUUUCCAGAAUGCCUCAUCUUCAGAAAAUGAUAAGUCUGAAUCCCAGAAGCAAUUUGAAGCAUUAAAAAAAUUUCUUGACUCUGAAGUUAUAUCCCAAAUGACCGACAUCAAGCAGAAAUUGAAUGUUGUCAGCAACAAUCUUGGACCAAAAGUAGAUAAGAAAGACCUUCAGAAGACAAAUGAGGAAAUCAAAAUAGCUACCGAUAUUAUUGCUUCCAGUCUAAUGCAGAGAGCUCAGAUGGCUUCACCUCUUGCUCUACAUCCAAGAUCUCACGAAGAGCUCGAGAACGAAAACAAGAGUUUAGAACAGAAAAUUGAAAAGCUACAAGAAGAGAAAAGAAAAUUGAUGCAGGAAUUGCAAAUAGCUCAAUCAUAUCAGAGACCUCAAUUACCUGUGCUUUCAUUCUCUAAGCCAGUGUUAUCAAAAGAGCCUCCAGCACUUACUUACCCUACGGCUGUAUCACCAGCAUCAGAACUCUCUUCUCCAUUGGCAUCUCAAGCACAUAAAUCAUUGCUAGCUAAUUCUGACUCUUUACCUGACGAAUUGACUCCUGAGGAGAAAGAUGCAUUAAUGGGGCAAGUAAAGGAAUCCCUCAAAAGCGACCCUAUUGCCAUCUACGAUGAUCUCCUGGAUCUCAGCCGUAGAAGCCAUCUAAACGUCCUUUGGGAAUGUACUGUUGGAGUCAAAAACACUUUCUUGAAUGGAGAUAAAGAAGAAAUUACACUAGACUUCAGAGAUAUAACUUAUAUCAAUUUCAUUACGAUUUUAAAUCAGAGAAUGCCAGAUCUAGCAGUUCUUGGUCUAGUUAUGAGUAAUACAGAACAUUUUGCAGAAAUCAGAUCAUUUGCUAUUAAUAAUUUCCCAAUGCACGUUAAAAAGCUUGAAUAUAUAUCGAGUUCACCAAGACUGGAUAUCACAGCUUUGGCUUAUGAAAUAUGCUCUGUUAGUAGAUGAGUUACCAAUAGUGUGUAUUUUUCAAAAUUAAAGAUCAGUUCAAGGCAAUUCAAACUUAUUUUGAGUAGCUUUAAACACUUACCAAAGAUAUAUUUCAGUGAAUGUUUGCUAGACCUCAAGAAAUCUUUGGACCUUGAAUCAGCUCUCCAAGACUCUCAAAUUACUCUUCUCUCAAUCAAUAAUUGUGGAAAUGCGUUGGGAGGUAAAUGGAAAUCUAUAAUGCCUGAAGAUUACUCAGAGGAGAUUCUAUCUGAUGCAGGAAUAGAUUUGCACCCAUUUGUUUCCUUUUUGAAAUCUCUCUCCUCAAGCGAAGAUUUUAUAACAAAAAUAAACGAAGAAUCUGCGGAAGAUGACCUUGGAAUACAAGCUAAAGGAUGUAGACAAAAAAGUCACCAAGUUCAGGAUUGUUUGCAAGCUUUAGGGUUAGAAGAUCUUAAGUUAACUGUGGAAUAAUUUUAGAUACUUGAUCCAAAAUUUGUUUCGAGUCAUUACUUAAUUCAUCUAAAAUUUUGGAUGCCUUUGAUU